GCCAUGAGGAGUCUUGUAAGCAUUGUAACAUUCCUAACCCUUCUCCUCCUUGUCCCAACUGUGAUGUCCAACAGGAAAAUUGGCCACCACCGCCAUCCAGUAAGGCCAAGAAAUAGGGAUGGAGAGACGGUGAAGCCCGGCUUGUAUUGGGAAGUAGGAUCAACAAAACCAAGGCCAAAGCAAGCAGACACACUUCAAAUUGCAGGUUCGAGCUUGCCCGAUUGUUCGCAUGCGUGUGGAUCGUGUUCGCCGUGUAAACUAGUAAUGGUGAGCUUCAUGUGUUCUUCACUUGCAGAAGCAGAGACAUGUCCCAUGGCUUACAAAUGUAUGUGCAAUAGCAAGUCAUAUCCUGUUCCAUGAUAAGAGUUCAAGAUACACAUUGUGUUAUAGGAGAGUUCAUGAAUCCUUUUCAGUUAGGUAGAGAGAGAUGUGUUUACACUACUUGCUUAUAAAUAUCAG